CUUCUUCCCUUUCCGGUCUCUUCAUUCUUUCCUUUACAAACAAUCAAAAUAUUACAUUCUCCCCCCUCCCUCACUUCCCGUUAUUUUCCUUCGCUUUCUUUCCUCUUAAGAUGCCUGGUUUCGCUGCUGUUGAACCUCCCUCAGGACAUUCAACCGACGGCCCCAAUCAUCCCUCUGAUAGGCCUCGAGAUUCGAGUGGCCAGCUCCCUUCUUUAAUGUCUUCUUGUUAUCCUAUCACUCUCAGGUUCAUUGACGUUUGUUACCGAUUAAAGAUGGAGAGCAAAGCGAAAGGAAUCAGCAUCAGACGCAUGAUUAACCAUGGACUGGCAUCGUCUGAUCAAAGAUCAACGGCCAACAUUCAAGAGAGAACAAUUUUAAACGGAAUCACAGGUAUGGUUUCCCCGGGGGAAAUCCUGGCCGUUCUUGGCCCUUCCGGCGGUGGAAAAUCAACGCUUCUGAAUGUACUAGCCGGGAGACUCCAAGGACACGGCUUCACCGGAACAAUACUGGCCAAUAACAAAAAACCACUCAAACACAUCUCAAAACGCACCGGAUUUGUCACUCAAGACGACGUCCUUUACCCUCACCUGACGGUCCGAGAAACCCUAAUCUUCUGCUCUCUCCUCCGUCUCCCAAAAACACUAACAAAACAAGAAAAAACAUCAAUAGCCGAGUCAGUCAUCACCGAGUUAGGCUUAACGAAAUGCCAAAACACUAUAAUCGGAAACAGUUUUAUACGGGGCGUGUCCGGCGGAGAAAGAAAGCGAGUAAGUAUCGCUCACGAGAUGUUAAUAAACCCUAGCUUACUCAUUCUCGACGAACCGACGUCGGGUUUGGACGCGACGGCUGCCCACCGGCUGGUGUCGACGCUGACGUCGCUGGCACAGAGAGGGAAAACGAUAAUAACCUCCAUGCAUCAACCGUCGAGCCGAGUUUUUCAGAUGUUUAAUUCAGUGCUGGUGCUGAGCGAAGGGAGGUGUCUGUAUUUUGGUAAAGCUAGUGAGGCUAUGGGAUAUUUUGCUUCGGUUGGAUACUCGCCGUCUUUUCCAGUGAAUCCCGCUGAUUUUCUCCUUGAUCUUGCUAAUGGUGUGUCUCAUGUUGAUGGAAUGACCGAAAGAGAUAAGCCAAAUGUGAAGCUCUCUCUGGUUAAUUCCUACAAUAAUUUAUUGGCACCAAAGGUGAGAGAACUAUGCAUGGAAGCUAUAAAUAUUCAAUCUAAAGAAGCAAAUUUCAUAGGCAGCGGCCAUUCUUCAUCCAUUGAUCGACAUGGGAAGAAUAAUAAUUACACGUUGGGUGGCGUUUCAAAUUGGCUGAAUCAAUUCUCCAUUCUCCUCCAAAGAAGCCUGAAAGAACGUAAACAUGAAUCCUUCGACGCUCUACGUGUGUUCCAAGUAAUCUCAGCUUCGCUAUUAGCAGGAAUGAUGUGGUGGCACUCUCACUACCUUGAAAUUCAAGAUCGCCUCGGUCUCUUCUUCUUCAUUUCCAUCUUUUGGGGAGUUUUGCCUUCGUUUAACUCGGUUUUCGCCUUCCCUCAAGAACGGGCAAUCUUUGUCAAAGAACGGGCAUCCGGUAUGUACACUCUUUCUUCCUAUUUCAUGUCGAGAAUCAUCGGUGACUUGCCCAUGGACCUCAUUCUCCCCAUAGUUUUCCUCUCUGUGACCUACUGGAUGACUGGCCUAAAGCAUGAAUUCGAAUCUUUUCUGCUAACCCUUUUGGUUCUUCUGGGAUACGUGCUUGUUUCUCAGGGCCUUGGCCUCGCUUUAGGAGCCAUUAUCAUGGACGCUAAACAAGCUUCAACCAUUGUCACUGUCACAAUGCUAGCGUUUGUUCUCUCAGGAGGGUAUUACGUUCACAAAAUGCCCUCAUGUAUGGCUUGGACCAAGUACAUUUCGACCACUUUUUACGCCUAUCGGCUGCUGAUCAACGUUCAAUAUGGCGACGGGAAGAACAUUUCAUCUCGUUUGGGAUGCUCGUUACGCCAUGGAUCAAAAGGCGGGGGCAUCGAAAAUGUGAAUUGCAAGUUUGUUGAAGAGGAUAUCAUGGGGCAAAUUAGCCCUGUGGUGAGUGUUGGAGUGUUGUUUUUUAUGUUUGUGGGAUAUAGAUUACUGGCUUACCUUGCGUUGAGGCGACUUUGAUUAAUAGGAGGAGGAGAUCGGAGAAAUUUGUUCCUCUUGUUGCUGGGGGUAAAUGGUAACAGGGGAAUUGAUUUAGUUUCGCACUAACUCAUGUAAUUCAAACCAUUGUAAGAUGGUUUAAGUCCGCGAUUAAAUGUAAAAUGGACAAGUUCAUUAUUGUUUACACUCAAAAUUAGUCAAUUUUACACUUCA